CAAUAUAAUAUCAACAAUCUUCGUUCGUCAAAUGAAACAAAACAAAUAAAUUAUAACAAAAGAUUAUAAAAAAAGUGAUCUACGGCACAACAGCUAGUGGCGGAUUGGUAGCUGUGCACCAAAGUGCGCAUUGAAGUGCCCCAAAGUUUGCAUUCAAGAGUGGACAAUCCUCUAUAAACCCACACACAGAAGCGAGUCUGCGUGUGUGUGAGGCGUGUGUGCUUCUGUGCGAGCAUUUCUCGUGUGUGUGUGUUAGUGCGUACUGUCGUCGUAGCAGAAGAGGAAGCAGCAGAAAGGAGCAGCAGCCAGAAGACGCAAGUCGCGAUUCGAUUCCCCAGUCGCGGAGUCCAGGCCGUAGCCGUAACCGAGAUAGAAGAAAAAAAACCAGCGCAGCAAAAAACCACAUACGACCCACACAAACAGACGAACAUACUACUAACAUACACACAAAAACACAGUCAAAAAAUGCAACAGCAGCAGGAAUCGGGGGGCGAGGAAAGCUGGCUCGAGGAGCAGUGUCACAAUGAAAUUGACGGCCAGCAUGAUGAAUUCGAACGGGAGUAUGUUCGUCAGCGUGACAACAAUUUAGGCACCGUCUGGGGAGCAUUCCAGGAUUCGGCCACCGCUGUGGCCCAGCUCUAUCGUGAGCGCUCAUCGAACGCAUUUUCCUCAGACACAGGCGCCCUCUGGCUGCCCUUCCAGACCGCAGCUGGCACUGUGACAACACUUUACAAAGAAUCAUGUGAUGGUCUCAAGCGCACCAGCGAUGCUGCUGUACAGUGUGGAUAUCAACGCCGCACGCGUGAGCUAGCAGAAUGGGCUCGCAGCAAAAAACGUCGCAUGAUACGCCGCGAGGAUCUAUUGGCCUAUCUAGCCGGGAAACCGAUGCCGCCAUCCAACACAAAUCCACAUGCCAAUCGUCGGUCACCAAAACCAGAGCAUAACCAUGGCGGUGGCGUCGGCGGACAUUUUUCGACCAGCGGCGGACCAGGCUCUGGCCUGGGAUUUCUUGGCUCUGGCCUUGACCUGCCCGGUGGCCCACUGACAGGUGCUUCGGGACAUCCAUCGCAUUUGUUGUCGCCAGCCGGAGCUGGCGCACAUAGUGGUGGUGGCGGCGGCGGCGGCGGUGGAGGCGGUGCUCCAGGAGCCCCAGGCAUCGGUGAUGAUUUGCAUACCUUCAAGGAGGCUUUGGUUUUGCGCCCACGUGGCCCAGAACUGUUUGCAUUUGUUGCCAAUGAAAUAGCGCGCCACUGCAAGCGUCCCGGCAGUCCCAUCGACGAUAAAAUGGAUAUAUGCCACUAUAGCAGUAAACGGCAGCGCUUCAUGUAAUCCCAUCAUCCAAUAAGCCAUUAUCCAUCCCAACAUAAUAAUACCUUUACCCCAAAGUCCCCUUUUGAGUCGUGAUCAGGAAGUGUAGUGGUAGAAUCGGCAUUAAUAUUGGAUGGAAAGUAGAUAGAAGGGGACGCGUUUUGAAAGCAAGCAAACAUCAAAUGUACAAUUUUGGUUUUGUUUCAAAAUUAUAUUUACAACUUCCUUCGACCUCCCCUACCCCCACACACACACACACACACACACACACUUAAGCCAACUUCUGUAUAUGUAUGCGCAGGCAGACACUUACACGAGUUUAAGUUAGGGUUUUAGUUGCUAGUUCUUAAAAAAA